CGGUCAAUCUUCCAGGCGGAGGGGCCGCGACUGGGUCUAGAGACAUCGGCCGGGGUCUCCGAGUGGGCCUGUGGCGAGGCGGGGUGGGGCGGCGAUCAUCAUGUCGAGGCAGGCGAACCGAGGCACCGAAAGCAAGAAAAUGAGCUCUGAGCUCUUCACUUUGACCUAUGGCGCUCUGGUCACCCAGUUGUGCAAGGACUAUGAGAAUGAUGAAGAUGUGAAUAAACAACUGGACAAAAUGGGCUAUAACAUUGGAGUCCGACUGAUUGAAGAUUUCUUGGCACGAUCAAAUGUUGGGAGGUGCCACGACUUUCGGGAAACAGCAGAUGUUAUCGCUAAGGUUGCUUUCAAGAUGUACUUGGGCAUCACUCCAAGUAUCACCAAUUGGAGUCCAGCUGGUGACGAAUUCUCCCUCAUUUUGGAAAAUAACCCCUUGGUGGACUUUGUGGAACUUCCUGAUAAUCACUCAUCACUAAUUUAUUCCAAUCUCCUGUGUGGGGUAUUGCGGGGAGCCUUGGAGAUGGUCCAGAUGGCUGUGGAGGCCAAGUUUGUCCAGGACACCCUGAAAGGAGAUGGUGUGACAGAAAUCCGGAUGAGGUUUAUCAGGCGGAUUGAGGACAAUCUUCCAGCUGGAGAGGAGUGACCAUCCCCGGGACUUUGGAUAGCCAGCAGGAGUACUUGUUGGAACCAGAAAGCCUUGAUGCUCUCUGUGCCCUCCAGAACUCAGUGACUCUUAACUCGGAUGUUAUAUAUUCUUUGAACCUUGUCUCUUAUUCUUCAUGCUAGUCAAGAACAGACUGUGAUAAAAUCUGUCGAACCACCUCACCCCCCCCCCCCCGUUCCCCACUUAGUGUACAGAUUCAGGAGGGAAAUCUUUGCUUCCUUUCCCUUCAGAAGGACUGUUUAGAUCCUUCUCAGUUGAACUAGAAAGUGUUCAAGCCAUUUUACAUUCCUGUUUGAAUUUUCCAAAGUAAAGGCCACUUUGACUCAUUAAGAGGCAAUCCUAGUGCAUCCGCUCCUGAAACUUGAGGAAGCCAAUGAAGGGGCCAGGGCCGUGGCUCAGUUGGGGGAGCACCUGCUUUGCAGUAUAUGAGGUCUUGGGUUUUGUUUUCCCCAAACAAAGAAAAAUAAAGCCCUUGGCUAAUGGUGAUAGGGAUUACAGGGUUGUGGGCUGGGGAAGAGGUUGGGCAGGGUGAGUGGGAGUUGUUAGUGGCAGUAUGACACAUCCUAGUGCUUGCCAGCAAAGAAGCCAGCUGUGCGGGAAACACUGACUGCUGGGAAGCCUCCCAGGUCUCAUUCCUCCCUGCUGUAUGGAGGCUACAUCUCCUCUUUUUACAGAGGGUUCAUCCUUUUUCUUACAACUUAAAUAAAGACAUUCUUGAGUGAAA